AUGGCUCAAUCACGCGAAAAUGAAAUCGACUAUUUUCAGUCGUUGACAAAUUGGUCCGAUCGACAGAAGAUCGUCGACUUUUUAGCUAUGUGCGAAUGGAAUCUGUUUUUUGCCAUAGAUAUAUACUUAAUCAUCGCGCAAACGCCAGCGAAUGAGGAGUCUGUUCCAAAUGAAACAAAACUAGAAAAGAGUCCCAUUGAAUCGAAUCCGCGAUUGUUCAAUUCCAUGUCUUUGGCAGACACAACAACUGGCUACUCAAACCGAACUUCAUUCAUUGACUAUGUUGAGCAACUGCCCCCUUCGGUUACCAGUCGGACAUCCUCAAUGUUUGUUCAGCUCGAUAAAUUCAACCAAGGUAUGUUGAAACGUAAACCUCGUAUUUGUCCAAAUCACACUAUUCAUCGUCUAGAUCAAAGGAAACUUCUUCAAUACGUAGAUUCGAAUGUUAUUGGUCGAGAUCGUUGGAUUCAAACACCAUGGGGACGACGAAAACUCGUCUACGCUGAUUACACCGCAUCGGGCCGUGCUCUUCGAUUUAUCGAAGAAUAUAUGAUGGAAAACGUUUUACCAUACUAUGCGAACACGCACAGUGAAAAUAAUGCAUGUGCUUUGCAAACAACACGACUUCGUGAAAGUGCACGUAGCCUCAUUAAAAAAUUAGUCAAUGCAAUGAUAGAUGACGUCGUCAUUUUUACCGGAUCUGGAUCGACAGGAGCAAUCAACAAGCUUGUCAGCGUUUUAAAUCUGCACAAUCAACAAGUUCGAGAACAGUUUGUUGUUUUCGUCAGUACAUUCGAGCAUCAUUCGAAUAUUCUUCCUUGGAAAGAAACCGGUGUCGAAUUAGUACGCAUUACAAACACAUCCGACGGCCUUCUUGAUCAAAAUAUGCUUGAAGAUCGAUUGAAAUUCUACGCACUCGAUCAAAAAAAGCAUAUUAUUUGUACAUUUAAUGCUGCGAGUAAUGUGACCGGUAUUCGAACUGAUGUCAAUACCGUUUCCACAUUAGUACAUCGAUAUAAUGGUCGGAUUUUCUGGGAUUAUGCCGCUGCAGCGCCCUACGUGAAAAUCGAUAUGAAUCCAUCAGUAGACGCUUAUAAAGAUGCAGUUUUCAUCUCUACACAUAAAUUCGUCGGUGGACCAGGCACACCCGGUAAAUUCUCGAGAUCGUUGUUAACUCUUUCGAGUAUAAGAAUGAGUAUUUUAGGUAUUUUAAUUGCAAAGAAGAAUCUGUUCCAAAAUCCUGUUCCAUGUAACUGUGGCGGUGGCACAGUCAACUACGUCACACGUAAUGACGUUGAAUACAUUCACGACAUCGAAGGACGAGAAGAAGGUGGAACACCGGACAUACUCGGUGCAAUUCGGGCCGGAUUAGUAAUGCAUUUAAAAGAUGCGAUCGGGUGUGAUUUGAUCGAAGCACGCGAGGAGGAACUAGUUAAAAAAUUCCUUCGACGUUUUCGAAAGCAUCCAACAUUGUUCAUUCUCGGUUCAACAACCGUUCCUCGGCUAGCAAUCUUCUCGUUCUUGAUCUAUGUCAAAUCCAGCGACAAAUAUUUACAUCAUCAUUUUGUCUGCGUUCUACUAAAUGAUUUAUUUGGUAUUCAAGUACGAUCAGGAUGCUCGUGCGCAGGUCCCUAUGUUCUAGAUCUUCUUAACAUUGAUGAUCACACGGCUAAGAUUUAUUCGGACUUCAUUACUCAAGAUGCAAACGGACGAUUUGAUUCCAAAGAACAGAAUGCUCUGAUGAAACCCGGUUUUACCCGAUUUAAUUUAUCAUACUUUGCCAGUGACAAAGAAGUCGAUUAUAUCCUUGAUGCGUUGGAUUUUAUUGCGACUGAUGGUUGGAAAUUCUUACCAUUGUACGCAUAUGAUCUCACAACUGCUAGUUGGCAUCUUCGUGAUCACAAACACAACGUUCACGAUUUUGCUCAAUUGCAUAGUCUUAGAAUGAUAACCUAUGAGAACGGUACGUUGGAGGAAGGUUUUCCUCAACGCAACCUUCAACUAACGAAUACCAAUGUUCUUCCUCAAUUGGUCGUCACUUCGUCAUCGGAUGACCCAUUGGAGCAAGCGAAAGCAAUGACUCUGAAUAUUGCCAACUACGUUUACGAAAAUGUUGAUUUUCGUACAGAUCCACCAUUGAAUGUUCCCGAUGAAUAUCGUCGCUUCAUCUGGUUCGUGCAACCGAGAGAUAUUAUCUUGAAGAUGUUGAUAGAUCACGAAAAGCAACGUGAGCAUGCAACAGUGCCGUUUCGUCCUUAA